GAUAUGGCACUGCCGCAACAGACUUUGACUGACAACGAAAUUUGACAAUCGCUGUCAGUCUGGCAUCCAUCAUCGAUUCAUCCCACAGAAAGUCCCGAGAAAAGUGCUAACAUUCCCUUUUAGAUAAACAAAGUGCUGGCGCCAGGUGUUUUAAUGUCUAUUUAAUUAAUCAGCAUCCAGGGAGUGAUUAGGGAAAGUAAAAUGGCGAGGGACUACGAUCACUUGUUUAAGUUAUUAAUCAUUGGAGACAGUGGUGUGGGCAAAAGUUCUCUCCUGCUACGUUUCUCAGACAACACGUUCACUGGCAGCUAUAUCACCACGAUAGGGGUGGACUUUAAAAUUAAAACAGUGAACAUUGAUGGACAGAAGGUGAAGUUGCAGAUUUGGGAUACAGCUGGACAGGAACGGUUUAGAACCAUCACCAGCACUUACUAUAGAGGUACACACGGUGUUGUGAUAGUUUACGACGUCACAAAUGGAGAGACUUUUGCAAACGUGAAACGGUGGCUACAUGAAAUCGACCAGAAUUGCGAAGUGGUUAAUAGAGUUUUAGGUGAGUCACGCUCAUUUUCUAGCUGGGUAGUCCUAAGGCGCUCUUUUCGCCCGAUUUCAGUGGGGAACAAAAACGAUACCCCCGACAGGAAAGUGGUGUUAACUGAAGAUGCUCAACGGUUCGCCGAUACCAUGAACAUAAAACUCUUCGAAACAUCAGCGAAAGACAAUAUUAACGUAGAGGAAAUGUUCAUGUCCAUCACCCGGCUAGUAUUAAGGUCGAAACUGGAAAUGAAGGAGAGGCAAAAUGACCAUAAAGAUGUAGUGAAUUUAAGAGAUAAAAAGAAAUCUUCAAAGAAAAGCAAAUGCUGUUAGCAUGCCAGGAUCUGUGUGAAUGUGUCUGUACAGUGUCCAAGUAGAUAUAUAUGAACCCAAGUCGCCACUUUGUUAGACAAUUUCGGCUUCCAUGCGCUAAACCUGCAAGGCCAAAAAUAUGUGAUAUUUUGGGAACUGCAACUCUUCAUGUGGCACACAGGUUGGAUGUAUCCGGAAAAAUCCCAUAGUUUGGGCAUAAUCGGUUCCCCGAAGUGCUCCACUGUGUGGUUCAUUUAAUUUCUGGGCCUUUAAUCAAUGAGGAUUAACCGAUAAUGUCUUAUCUUUAUACACCUUUAUUGGCGUUGAAAUUUGCCUAAUUACCACUCAAGAAAAUUGAUAUUGUAUUUGUUACGUUGCGAAAUGCUUAUAGUCGCUCCGUUGUGCAAAGUCCAACUAAGAAAGCUAGUUUUUCAAUGUACAUAACCAAUGUGAGUGUAAAUGUGUUGCAUUUUAAUGGUUUUUGGCCAACAGUUUCUAGUGCUUUACCAGAAGAACUGCCUGAAAUUCGGCCCUCAAAGAUUCAACUGGAAGAAUCCCUCUAAUUAAUGUAUUGUCUAUAUUUGUACUGAUGGAUGUAGCCUAAUUUUAACUCAAUUUACCAUAAGUAUAUUUGUUUUUCAAAAUAAUUCAAACCCCAUCAAGUCUGUGCCGGCAUUCUGUAUUGUUCUCGGUGAUGAUUCAUGCGACAUAUCAGCCACUAACAUAUUUAUUCGCAUUUAUUAUGGAAAUGACAAUUAAUUCUAGUUUUUAUUUCUCAAGGUGCAUUUAUCAUGUUUAAAGUUUUUAUAUGAAACUGAAUGUAUAUAAUAUAUAACCUCGUAUUUCAAGGAAUUUGUACAUUUGUUUCUUACCGAAAUAAAUUGUAUAUUUGUUGUGA